AUGUCUCAUGAUCUUCUGCAUUCACGGCCUGAAAAAUUCAAUGUAACAAAGGAAAUAAAAGAUUAUAUUAACACUUGUAUUCGACAAAACGUCCCUGAGAUCUAUCAAUUAAUUAAAGAUCAACAUAUAAAAGGAUAUGAGUCUUUAACGAUUAAGCAGGAACAUGCAUUUGCUUUUGUAACUGUGUUUCUUGAUAUUUUGCCAUUAGGCAAUUUAAUAGACUUUAUG